UGUGCUAGAGAAAAUAUUGCUUUGUCCAGGGUUGGCUUUCAAAGAGACGCUGAUCGCGCUUAUCAUGAGCAAAGGGACGAGGAUGCAAUUUUUCUUUCAACGGAAGCAAUGUGCACGGGAAUUCAUCAAAAAUUUGAUCAUUUCUGCCGCAAAUUGCCCCAUAAUGAAAAUACACUUACCUCAAUGUUAACCGAUCUAAGUUCCGAAGCCAAAUCGGACGAUUCGACGGACACGACAGAACUCAAUGCUGGUUUUCAGGAAAUACACAACUGUUGUCGCGAACUGCCAGAACAGUGGACCGUUUUCCAGAUUCACAAAACCUAUACACCUCGUUGGAAUCUGCUUACGCAUCAGGAACUUAUGGAGGAGAAGACUGCAGUUGAGCUGAUACUUUUCACGUAUCCAAAUGCGGAAAUUUUAAACGAUAAACCCAUUCUGAUACGGCUACAGCCUCCAGAGGAUCCUGAUUUCUUUCCCCUGAUGUCAUCCAUACCGGUUCAAUUGAAAAGCCGGCUGAAAAAAGAAAUCGACUCCGGUUUGAUGCGGACCGAGGAAAUGGAGACGUUCAUCGAAACCAUCAUCGAUCGGUUGAUUGAUUGGCUUGGUCCUUGGGUCGUUCUGUUUAGUGGAAAAUUUAUUUCCCGCAAGGAGCAGCAAAUGGAAGCGGACAUUUUCAACCGGGUGGAGGAUUUCUGCAUAACGAACAAGCGCAGCAAAAAGGAACAGGUGUUGAUCUCGCUAAUAGCCAGACGAUUGGAUAUGGUCGAUCAGAAAGCGAUCUACCGGUUUUGUUGUGAUGUAAUCAACCAGAACAGAGAUGCUCAGAAAAAGCUGUUCAGCUUUUUGGUCAAACUGAAGCAUAAUAAGUUCGAUACGGGUGCGGCUUUCGGGUGCCAUCCUUGCCUGAUGGUUGUUGAUGAGUUGCUCGAUGGCUACCCGUGGGAGAUGGUUAACACCAAGCAAAGCUUCAGCCGGCUCGGUUCGUUUCGCCUGCUGUGGCAGUUGUAUCAGUCGCACAAGGCUCGCAUCAGUAAGGGAUACCUCAACGUAGCGGCAAAAAACUGUCACAGUAUAAUCAAUCCAGAUAAAACGCUGACAAAAAUGAGUACCCGACUACAAGCUUUCUACAGGGAGUGGUAUCCGGAUUUCAAGCUGGUAGUUGACAAACCACCAACGGAAACGGAGUUCUCAGCGAUUCUACAUGAAGCUGACGUUAUGAUAUAUAACGGACAUGGAAGUGGAUUGCAAUUUAUAGACGGCGACACUAUUAUUCAGCACGAUAUUAAGAGUUUAAUCUUCUUGUUUGGUUGCGACUCAGUUCGGUUGUUUCCCAACGGGCUGUUCAGUGAAAUGUCCGGAAGCCAUCUGUACUAUAACAUUGCGAAGUGCGCCACGGUAGUCGGUGCUUUGUGGGUUCUGACUGAUUUCUAUACAGAUUACUACUCAAUCUUGUUGGUUAGUGGUUGGAUUCCGACUACAAAUCCGUCACUACGUGACUAUUCCGUUUUGGAUAUGGAUUCGACGGCAUUUAAAAACGGUACAUUUGUUCUAGGAAGUAAGCCACCACCGAAAAUGCAGGAGCACUGUGAUGACAAUCUGCUGGAAUUGAUGGCACUUUUUCGUCGCCAAAAAAGGCUUCCAAAACGGAUACGAUGUGCCAUGGUAUGCCGUGGAUUGCCAGUGAUUAAUUCUAAUUUUUUCGAAAGGUAAGUUGUAAA